GAAGUUGUGGAGUACAUGGUGCAGCACUUCAAACCCCAGAUCUUUGGAGAACGAAAGCCAGUCUAUGAUGGGAAGAAGAACAUCUACACUGUCACAGCCUUGCCCAUUGGAAACGAGAGGGUUGAUUUUGAGGUGACAAUCCCAGGAGAAGGCAAGGACAGGAUAUUUAAGGUCUCCAUCAAAUGGAUGGCCAUCGUCAGCUGGCGCAUGCUGCACGAGGCCCUGGUCAGUGGGCAGAUCCCUGUCCCUCUGGAGUCCGUCCAGGCGCUGGAUGUUGCCAUGAGGCACUUGGCUUCCAUGAGGUACACUCCCGUCGGCCGCUCCUUCUUCUCCCCCCCUGAAGGUUAUUACCACCCCCUGGGAGGUGGCAGGGAGGUCUGGUUUGGUUUCCACCAGUCGGUCAGGCCUGCCAUGUGGAAGAUGAUGCUCAACAUUGAUGUGUCAGCCACUGCCUUCUACAAAGCCCAGCCUGUGAUUGAGUUCAUGUGUGAGGUGCUGGACAUCCGGAACAUCGACGAGCAGCCCAAGCCCCUGACGGACUCGCAGCGAGUGCGUUUCACCAAGGAGAUCAAAGGUCUGAAGGUGGAGGUUACCCACUGUGGGCAGAUGAAGAGGAAGUACCGUGUGUGUAACGUGACCCGGCGGCCGGCCAGCCACCAGACGUUUCCCCUGCAGCUGGAGAGUGGUCAGACAGUGGAGUGCACAGUGGCCCAGUACUUUAAGCAGAAAUACAACCUGCAGCUGAAAUACCCUCACCUCCCCUGCCUCCAGGUUGGCCAGGAGCAGAAGCACACAUACCUGCCCUUGGAGGUGUGCAACAUCGUGGCAGGCCAGAGGUGCAUCAAGAAGCUCACAGACAAUCAAACAUCAACCAUGAUAAAAGCCACAGCCAGGUCUGCCCCAGACAGGCAGGAGGAAAUCAGUCGCCUGAUGAAGAAUGCCAGCUACAACCUGGAUCCAUACAUUCAGGAGUUUGGGAUCAAGGUGAAAGAUGACAUGACGGAGGUGACCGGGAGGGUGCUGCCAGCACCCAUCCUGCAGUACGGAGGCAGGAACCGAGCCAUUGCAACUCCCAACCAGGGCGUGUGGGACAUGCGAGGGAAGCAGUUCUACAACGGCAUUGAGAUCAAAGUCUGGGCCAUUGCCUGCUUUGCCCCGCAGAAGCAGUGUCGAGAGGAGGUGCUGAAGAACUUCACAGAUCAGCUGCGCAAGAUCUCCAAGGACGCCGGGAUGCCCAUCCAAGGCCAGCCCUGCUUCUGCAAAUAUGCCCAGGGGGCAGACAGUGUGGAGCCCAUGUUCAGACACCUCAAGAACACCUAUUCAGGGCUUCAGCUCAUCAUUGUCAUCCUGCCAGGGAAGACCCCAGUGUACGCUGAGGUGAAGCGUGUUGGGGACACCCUCCUGGGAAUGGCCACGCAGUGUGUCCAGGUCAAGAACGUGGUGAAAACCUCCCCACAGACCCUUUCCAACCUCUGCCUCAAGAUCAACGUCAAGCUUGGCGGGAUCAACAACAUCCUCGUGCCUCACCAGCGCUCUGCUGUCUUUCAGCAGCCAGUGAUCUUCCUGGGGGCUGAUGUCACUCACCCACCAGCAGGAGAUGGGAAGAAGCCCUCCAUCACGGCUGUCGUGGGCAGCAUGGACGCCCACCCCAGCCGGUACUGUGCCACGGUGCGCGUGCAGCGGCCUCGCCAGGAGAUCAUCGAGGACUUGUCCUACAUGGUGAGGGAGCUCCUCAUCCAGUUCUACAAAUCCACACGCUUCAAGCCCACCAGGAUCAUCUUCUACCGCGACGGCGUUCCCGAGGGGCAGCUCCCACAGAUCCUUCACUACGAGCUCCUAGCGAUCCGAGAUGCCUGCAUCAAGCUGGAGAAGGAUUACCAGCCUGGCAUCACCUACAUCGUGGUGCAGAAAAGGCACCACACUCGUCUCUUCUGUGCUGACAAGAACGAGAGGAUCGGGAAGAGCGGGAACAUCCCAGCGGGAACAACAGUGGAUACAAAUAUCACCCACCCCUUUGAGUUUGACUUCUACCUGUGCAGCCAUGCAGGCAUUCAGGGUACGAGCCGGCCGUCCCAUUACUACGUGCUGUGGGAUGACAACCGGUUCACGGCGGACGAGCUGCAGAUCCUCACCUACCAGCUGUGCCACACCUACGUGCGCUGCACCCGCUCCGUCUCCAUCCCCGCCCCAGCGUACUACGCCCGGCUGGUGGCAUUCAGAGCCCGGUACCAUCUCGUGGACAAGGAGCACGACAGUGGCGAGGGCAGCCAUAUCUCCGGACAGAGCAACGGCAGAGACCCCCAGGCCUUGGCCAAGGCUGUGCAGGUUCAUCAGGACACUUUACGUACCAUGUACUUUGCUUGA